AUAGCCAUGUCUUCCAGCUCAGCGAUGGUGCGGAUCCUGAUAAAGGGCGGCAAGGUGGUGAACGACGACUGCACCCAGGAGGCCGACGUCUACAUCGAGAACGGCAUCAUCCAGCAGGUGGGGAAGGAGCUGAUGAUCCCGGGUGGGGCCAAAGUGAUCGACGCCUCGGGAAAACUGGUCCUCCCCGGGGGCAUCGACACCAGCGUCCACCUGGAGGAGAGCUUCAUGAACGCCACCACGGCAGAUGACUUCUACAGCGGCACCAAGGCUGCUCUAGCUGGAGGUACAACCAUGGUGAUCGGACACAUUCUGCCAGAGAAGAAUGAGUCUUUGCUGGAAGCCUACGAGACGUGCCGCAGCUCGGCGGACUCCAAAGCCUGCUGUGACUACGCUCUGCAUGUGGGGGUCACUUGGUGGGGACCCAAGGUGCGAGCGGAGAUGGAGAAGCUGGUGAGGGAGCACGGAGUGAAUUCCUUCCAGAUGUUCAUGGCCUAUAAGGACAUGUUCAUGCUGAGGGACAGCGAGCUCUUCCAGGCUCUGCAGCACUGUAAGGACAUCGGAGCUAUCGCCAGAGUCCAUGCUGAAAAUGGGGAACUGGUGGCUGAGGGUGCAAAAGAAGCAUUGGACCUGGGCAUCAGCGGCCCAGAGGGGAUUGAAAUUAGCAGGCCUGAAGAGCUGGAAGCAGAGGCGACCCACAGGGCCAUUACCAUUGCAAACAGGGCCCACUGCCCGAUCUACCUUGUCAAUGUCUCCAGUAUGUCUGCAGGAGAUGUAGUAGCUACCGCCAAGAUGCAGGGUAAGGUGGUCCACGGUGAAACCACCACAGCCCACGCCGUGCUGAACGGUAUGCAGUACUACCAUCAGGACUGGGCCUAUGCUGCCGCCCACGUCACCGUGCCUCCUCUCCGCCUGGACCCCAAUACUCCCAAUUUCCUAAUGAGCCUGCUGGGGAAUGACACUCUGAAUGUUGUGGGGUCCGACCACCGUCCGUUCACCAUCAAACAGAGAGCCAUGGGCAAGGAUGACUUCACCAAGAUCCCCCAUGGGCUUCCUGGCAUUCAGGAUCGCAUGAGCGUCAUCUGGGAGAAGGGAGUGAUUGGAGGGAAGAUGGAUGAAAAUCGCUUUGUUGCAGUCACAAGUUCAAAUGCAGCCAAGAUCUACAACCUCUACCCCAGGAAAGGAAGGAUCAUCCCAGGAGCAGAUGCUGAUUUGGUGGUCUGGGACCCCGAGGGAUCCAAGACCAUUUCGGUGGAUAACCAGGUCCAGGGGGGAGAUAUAAACCUGUAUGAAGGUCUCCGUUGUCACGGUGUUCCCCUGGUCACCAUCAGCCGUGGCCGUCUGGUCUAUGAGAAUGGCAUAUUCACCUGUGCUGAGGGAUCUGGAAAGUUUUGUCCCCUGAGGACCUUCCCAGAUUACCUCUACAAGAAGAUGGUUCAGAGGGAAAAGUGCCAGGCUGUGAAAGCUGUUGAGCGGGAGCCCUACACAGGUGAAGUUGUUCCGGUGCUCAACUCAGGAAAGAGGGAUUUGGGAGUUUCCGAUGUGGACACUCCGACCCGCCCCUGCACCCGGCACGGGGGAGUGAGGGACCUCCAGGAGUCCAGCUUCAGCCUGUCUGGUGCCCAGAUCGAUGACAAAAUUCCAAAGAGAUCCUCGGCCAGGAUCCUCGCUCCUCCUGGAGGGAGAUCCAGCGGGAUCUGGUAG